AUGGACAUAGACCUUGCACUAAAGGAAGAACAACUUGCAUCUCUCACUGCGGAAAGCACCCCUGAUGUUAAGAGGGAUUUUGAGAGCAUUCCAGAAGCCUUUAGGGGAACAGAAUUUGAAGAGAUUACUCAGGCUAAGGGUUUCCUUGAUGAAAUUGAGAAACGUUUUGCUAAAAACGAUAAGGUUGGAAUAAAAUCACUUCUGACUUCUUUGAUGUCUAUAAAGUAUAAUGGUCAAGGAAACGUAAAGGAGUACAUUAUGGAGAUGUUCCAUACUACUUCAAGAAUUAAGGCACUUAAGAUCAAGCUUUCUGAAGAAUUACUUGUUCUUAUGGUUUUGGUAUCACUUCCUGCACAGUUUAAUCAAUUUAAAAUUAGUUAUAACUGUCAAAAGGAGAAAUAG